GGCGGGAGGAAAGACAUCGGUCCCUUUAAGGGAGGGACUGCAAGUUCUCCGGAUUUCAUUUCUUAUCACUUUAGAUUAUAUUUGUAGAGAUUCGGAUUUAAUUUAUCUUACCAGUAUUUAACGACGAUAAUACUGGUCAGGUAGCUAACGAAGUAUAUUUAGAAAUAACUGCGUAAUCACAAGAGGGAGAGAAGAAAAUGGAGUUAGAGGACGGAGUUGUGUACCAGGACGACCCGGGCACGUCGGCUAUGAUGUCGGAGCGGGUCUCGGGCCUGGCCAGCUCCAUCUACCGUGAGUUCGAGAGGCUGAUCGGGAAGUACGACGAGGACGUGGUGAAGGAGCUCAUGCCACUGGUCGUGGCGGUGCUGGAGAACUUGGACUCGGUCUUCGCGGAGAAUCAGGAGCACGAAGUCGAGCUUGAGCUGCUCAAGGAGGACAACGAGCAACUCAUCACUCAGUAUGAGCGGGAGAAAGCGCUGAGGAAACAUGCAGAGGAGAAGUUCAUCGAGUUUGAGGACUCCCAGGAGCAGGAGAAGAAGGACCUGCAGAGUCGAGUGGAGACGCUGGAGUCCCAGGCCCGUCAGCUGGAGCUCAAGACAAAGAACUAUGCAGACCAAAUCGGCAGGUUGGAGGAGCGAGAGGCAGAACUGAAGAAGGAGUAUAACUCCCUCCAUCAGAGACACACAGAGAUGAUUCACAACUACAUGGAGCACUUAGAGCGCACAAAAUUGCAACAGCUGACAGGAGGAGAUGCCACUGAAACUGCGACUCUGAGCAGAGUCCGGAAGGAGCGGCCUGUGUCCUUGGGAAUAUUUCCACUGCCCGGGGGCGAGGCUGUCCUUACCCCUGAGCUCCACAGAGAGACGGUAGAGACCCCAGGGACAGACACCUGGAGAUACAACGACCUCAGCCACCCGCGCUCCAACACGAGUCUCAAGUUGGAGGCAGAAGAUUCUCUAAGAAAAAGGGAGGGUAAGAGUUCACAGGAGACUUGGGGGAAUUCGCUGGCUGACGAAAGCAAGGAUGAGCUGUCUGACGCCAGCCAGGGGGGCUCGAAGUCAGCUACCCCAAUGUCCACUACCGCCUCGGAUGUGGCCGUGUCCUCCGCGGACACGCCCCAGAAGGAUGAGGCAGAGGGGCUAAACAAGAACCUGAAUACCAGCAGCAGGAAGCCAGACAGCAGUAAGAACAUUGAGGUGCAGGCAGCCCCAGGUACCAGUUCUGUCUCAAUAGGUUUAUCUGAAAAUGACCAGAAGUCUGAAGUGCAAGCUAUUAUCGAGUCCACACCUGAGCUUGACAUGGACCUGAGUGGCUACAAAGGGUCCAGCACUCCCACAAAAGGUAUUGAGAACAUGGCGUUUGACCGCAACACAGAAUCUCUUUUCGAGGAGCUGUCCUCUGCUGGCACAGACCUUAUAGGGGAUGUAGAUGAAGGGGCGGACUUACUAGUGGAGUAUUCUGGUAUGGGUCGUGAAGUAGAACAUCUCAUCCAGGAGAACACACAGCUAUUGGAAACAAAGAACGCCCUGAAUGUGGUUAAGAAUGACCUGAUUGCGCGGGUGGACGAGCUCUCUUGUGAGAAGGAGGUGCUGCAGGGCGAGCUGGAUGUGGUGAAGCAGGCCAAGAUCAAGCUGGAGGAGAAGAACAAGGAGCUGGAGGAGGAGCUGAAGAAGGUGCGGGCAGAGGUGGAGGAGGCCAAACAGAAAUCUAAAGAAGAUGAUGAUAGUGACGUCCCCACGGCACAGAGGAAGCGCUUCACGCGGGUGGAGAUGGCCCGGGUCCUGAUGGAGCGGAACCAGUACAAAGAGAGGCUGAUGGAGCUGCAGGAGGCCGUCAGGUGGACGGAGAUGAUCCGAGCUUCGAGGGAAAAUCCAGCCCUCUCUGAGAAGAAGAAGUCUAGUAUCUGGCAGUUAAGUUUCAGCCGGCUCUUUAGCUCCUCCAGCAACACGGCCAAGAAGCCGGAGGCCCCCGUCAACGUCAAAUACAACGCGCCGACCUCCAACAUCACCCCCUCGGUGAAGAAGAGAAGCAGCACUUUAUCUCAGCUCCCCAGCGACAAAUCAAAAGCAUUCGACUUUCUCAAUGAAGAAGUGGACUCAGGUAGCUUGGUGUCACGCAGAGAGCAGAAGAGAGCACAGUACAGACAGGUGAAAGCGCACGUGCAGAAGGAGGAUGGGAGAGUGCAGGCCUAUGGCUGGAGCCUGCCUCAGAAAUACAAGGUUGCCAAUGGUGGACAGGCAGAGAGCAAGAUGAAGAAUUUGCCUGUGCCUGUGUACCUGAGGCCCUUGGAUGAGAAAGAUGCUUCUAUGAAGCUGUGGUGCGCCGCUGGUGUAAACCUGUCAGGGGGGAAGACCCGUGAUGGGGGCUCCAUUGUGGGGGCCAGUGUCUUCUACAACGAUGUGACUGGAACUGAGAGCGAGGGCCACAGGCAGAAGAAAGGCUCUCAAAGCAGCCUGGAUCGACUUGAGCAGGAACUCAAGGAGCAGGAGAAGGAGCUGCGGCAGCAAGAGGAACUGUCCAGCCUGGUGUGGAUCUGCACCAGCACCCACGCCACCACCAAAGUCAUCGUCAUCGACGCCAACCAGCCCGGCAACAUCCUGGAGAACUUCUUUGUCUGCAACUCCCACGUGCUCUGCAUCGCCAGUGUGCCAGGUGCCCGGGAGACAGACUACCCCGCGGGAGAAGAGGUUCCCCAGGAGGCGGAGUCAGGGCAGGGUGACAACGCGUCUCUAACUGGCAGUGUGGCCAGUAACAGCUCGGCGGGCAGCGACAGCAUGCUGGGAGGGAUCACCGUGGUGGGCUGCACCGCCGACGGGGCGGCCGCCAUCCCCCAGACGGUCUGCACGGCGGUCAGCGCGACCUCGGAGUCCUCCGCUCAGGCAGGCACAGGGGAACCGUCUGCAGAGCCUGGCCCCACUGAAGACGGCGUCCCCACCGCGGAGGAGGCCACCGAGGCCACAGAGGCCAGUGCGGGGACUGCCGAAGAGGGCGAGGGGCUGGACGUCACCCAGCCGGGCAUCUACACAGAGCACGUUUUCACCGACCCCCUGGGGGUGCAGAACACACCGGACUCCCCGCCGGCAUAUCCACGAGGGGAGUCUGACCUGGUCAAGGACGGGGUGACGUCCCUCCCGGACGAGCAGGACCUGAUGAGGGAAGAGGCGCAGAAGAUGAGCAGCGUCCUGCCCACCAUGUGGCUCGGGGCCCAGAACGGAUGUGUGUACGUCCACUCUUCAGUCGCUCAGUGGAGGAAGUGCCUCCAUUCCAUAAAGCUGAAGGACUCCAUUCUUGGCAUUGUCCAUGUUAAAGGACGAGUCUUGGUGGCCCUGGCGGAUGGAACACUGGCCAUCUUCCACAGAGGCAUAGAUGGACAGUGGGACCUGACCAAUUACCACCUGCUGGACCUGGGUCGCCCGCACCACUCCAUCCGUUGCAUGACGGUGGUGCACGACAAGGUGUGGUGCGGCUACAGGAACAAGAUAUAUGUGGUCCAGCCCAAAGCCAUGAAGAUUGAGAAAUCCUUUGAUGCUCACCCGCGAAAGGAGAGCCAGGUGCGUCAGCUGGCCUGUGUAGGAGACGGCAUAUGGGUGUCGAUUCGGCUGGACUCCACGCUGCGGCUAUUCCAUGCCCACACUUACCAGCACUUACAGGACGUGGACAUUGAACCUUAUGUCAGCAAGAUGCUAGGCACUGGUAAACUAGGGUUCUCUUUUGUGCGGAUUACGGCGCUGAUGGUGUCCUGUAACCGCCUGUGGGUUGGAACUGGGAACGGUGUCAUCAUCUCAAUCCCCCUAACAGAAACUGUAAUUCUUCAGCAGGGAAGCUUUCUGGGCCUGAGGGCUAAUAAGAUCACCACAGGUACGGCAAAUCGGCCAGGCAGCGUGAUCCGGGUCUAUGGGGAUGAAAACAGUGAUAAGGUGACGCCAGGCACCUAUGUUCCCUUUUGCUCCAUGGCACACGCACAGCUCUGUUUCCACGGGCACAGGGAUGCAGUGAAGUUCUUUGCCGCCGUUCCAGGUCAGGUGAUCCCUUCUGCUGGCGCUGGGGGUGAGGCUGGGUCUGACAAGCCUGGCGCAGCAUCCUCGGACCCUCCGGCUCAGGAGAUGGCGAAGUCCGUCCUGGUGAUGAGCGGAGGGGAGGGUUACAUUGACUUCAGAAUGGGGGAUGAGGGGGGCGAGACGGAGGAUAUGGACGAGCCCACGCUGAAACUGCAGCCCUUCCUGGCCAAAGCCGAGCGCAGCCACCUCAUAGUGUGGCAGGUCAUGACCGGCGACGAGUGAAUCCAGCCUCUCUCACGCAGUGCCAUGCGGAUGCCCAAGGAAGACCGACACAGCCCACAGAGAGCUCUUCUCUAUUACAAACUCCUGCAUGUUUUUUUUUUUUUUUUUUUUGCUUUUUUUGUCCUUUUCAUUUGAGUAUUUUUUAAUUCCAGGCAAUUUGAAUGAUUGUUGCUAUCAUAUUAUACUGGUAUUA